UAUGUAAAUAUAAAUUUAGUAUAUAUUACAGUUAAGUAUUUAAGAUGGAUCUUAGUACGGCGAAGGGUACCAGAUUUCCUUUCAUACCAGGGACAAAACCUUCAAUCAAGAAUUCACAGUUGCUCAUCUCAAGCGGAAUACCUUCUUUGGAUCACAUACUAGGAGGUGGACUGCCUAUUGGCUCUUUGCUCGUUAUUGAGGAAGAUCGAUUUGGUACCUAUGCUAAAGUUAUGUUAAAGUACUUCAUGGCUGAAGGCGUGGUCACCAAUCAACCAGUACUAAUAGCAUCAAAGGAUAUGAAAACAUCUCACUUUGUAUCAGAGAUGCCAGCUGUUAUAACAGAAACCAAAUCAGUCAAUCAUAUGCAUCAUUCCGAUGAACAGAUGAAGAUUGCUUGGAGGUAUCAAAACAUGAAAGUAGUUGAUUCAUCUCCGACCGGAGGACAAGCUUUUGGUCACUUCUAUGAUCUUACAAAGACAAUGGAAAGAGAGACAAUUGAAGAAGCAGAUAUAACACAGUGGUACGAUGAAAGUUAUCCCACAAAAGAUAAUACGUUUGAAAAGUCUGCCUAUUCGAAACUACUGCAGUGUGUACAAGAAACUUUGAAGAAAGGACAAUACUCGAUUUCGGAGACACCUGCAAAGAGACAGGUUCUACGAAUUGCAAUUCAUUCUUUAGGAUCAAGGUUGUGGUUCAGUGAUUCUGAAGAAAGCUCACAACAAGAUUUAGUGAAGUUUUUAUAUUUCUUUAGGGCACUUUUAAGGUACUCUUACGCUGUUGCAGUAAUAACAGUACCCGCAGAAUGCAUGUAUAAUUCAAAUGCCGUAGUUCAACGAGUUGAACACUUAUCAGAUGUCGCGAUUAAAUUAGAAUCGUUUAUGGGCUCUCGGAAAGAAACUAAUCCUUUAUUCAAGGAUUAUCAUGGUUUGUUACACCUGAAAAAGUUACUCGCAUUGAACACAAUAGCCAGUCAUACUCCAGAAUCGCUAGAUCUCGUAUUUAAAUUGCGACGCAAAAAAUUCGUCAUUGAGGUCCUGCAUUUACCGCCUGAGCUAGGUGAAACCGUACAAAGAGAACAAGAUGAAGCUGCACCUACCACUGGGUGCGGUGGUCAGUCGCAUAAAAGCUUGCUAGAUUUUUAA